AUAACUGAAUACUUUAUUCUCAGGUGUAUUCAUCAGAUUGUCUAUAGGUUGUACUGAGAAAAAAAGGAUAUAAGACACAUUCUUAUAGCCUCUGUAAACACGUUUUAUUAUAGUCAAAUGAAUAAAGAAUAAAGAAUAACAUGGAAGGAAAGUAUGUUGCUGUUGUUGUUGUUAUUGUUACCUGCGCUGCUUACCCAUUAGAAACUACGGUCUCUUGCUGUGGACAAACAGAACAACAUCAUCUCAGGUCGUGAGUGAUUUCUGACGCGUGACGUCACAGUCAGCUGUUGACUGAUCGUUGGAAGCAAACGGUUGAUUCACAAGCUGCUUUCGUUCGCUCCAUCGCAAUGAGAGGUCGCUGUUUUUUCGUCCUUUCUUUCUCUUUGUUCGUAACUAAUAACUUAGUUAGUUAGUUAGUUAGUUAGAUAGUAAUUUAGUAAGUGAGUAGUUUCUCCGGUUGGGUCGUUAGUGGACGUUGAUCGUCGUUAUGAUGAAUGCGUCUAACAGCAGCCCCAGGAGCAAAGAAAAUAUUCUCCCUGUGAUUAAAGUCCAUGCAGCCCGGGAGCGGACGGUGCUCGGUGUCUUGUCAGAAAAUCAGCAGGGAGGCCAGUUUUCCCGGCACAGUUCAGUCUCGGGCAGCUCCCAUCACGCCAACGUCGUCUACACCUCCAGCUCCACCUUGGACAUCUAUGCCGAUGAGUCGCGUGAAGUCGUUCUCACAGCUUCGGGUCAGGAAGUGGUGUCGGACGGCUACGACCCUGUCCUGCAAAGGGAAGCCUUGAGCCUCAUCUGGGAGUCCAUUUCAAGCCCAUACCAGGAAUCCUCUCAGCAAUCUGACAUCGACGACUCCAUCUCAGUGGAGGUGCUGGGUGUGUGUGAGUAUGCAGAGGACGUCCACAAACACCUGAGGGAGAGUGAGGUGAAGUUCAGGCCCAUGUCGGGCUACUUGGAGAAACACCCAGAGAUCACCAGCGGCAUGCGGGUCGUCCUGGUGGACUGGAUGGCGGAGGUGGCUCACGAGUACCACCUUUCUUCCGAAACCCUGCAUCUCGCCGUCAGUGCCCUGGAUCGCUUUCUGUCCUGCACGUCACACGUGAAACGGAGCAAGCUGCAGCUGGUCGGCACAGCGGCGUUGCUGAUCGCUUCAAAAUACGAGGAGAUCUGCCCUCCCGACGUGAACGAGUUCAUCUACACCACAGACAGCACCUACACUAAGAAGCAGCUGCUUCAAAUGGAGCACAUACUCCUGAGGAUAUUGGCGUUCAGGGUGGCGGCACCCACCACGCGACAGUUCCUUCGUCUCUACACAUCCAUCCAGUCCGUGUGUGCCGCCACGGAGAGUCUGGCCCUGUAUGUCGCUGACUUAAGCCUGCUGGAAAUAGAACCAUUCCUACACUACACUCCAUCAAUAGUCGCAGCUGGAGUCUACUGCCUUGCCUCGUACACUGUCCACAGAUCUCUCUGGCCAGAUUCCUUAUCUGCCUUUACUGGCUAUACCCUGGCUGAAAUUGAGCCCUGCCUCAGUGACCUCCACAAGCUGUACAUCAGUGCAGAGAGUUUCCCUCAUCAGGCCAUCAGGGAGAAGUAUAUGAGUUCAAGGUACUGCUGUGCGUCAAAGAUUGCUCCACCUGCUGUUUUGCCACAGCUCCACCCUUCUUCUGACACAUCUGCCACAGCAGAAUUCCGCUGAAAAGAAAACAAACAAAGCAAAUUCCACUGCCUGUCAUAGUCAUAGAUGUUUCCAGACACUUUUUUUUUCAUACAUUUAUGCACAACACAGUGAUUUCUUUAAAAAUGAAGACUAAUAAUACCUGUGAUAGUGUGAUAUGAUGUAUAAUAAUCAUAUAAUAUAAAUCAAUUUAAAACAUUGUGCCUUUUUAUUUUAUUUUUUUAUCUUCCUUGUGGGUCUCCGUGUAAUGUACAUGUACUACUUAAUAAAGAUUUUAAUUAUUUGAAAUGCA